UUAAAACAGCAGCCAAGUUUAAGUUGGCUAACGUAACUUAAAGCUGAUCAGAAUUAAUAUUUAUACAUGCGAUGUGCAAAAACUGCAAAAUAAAAUCAAAAGCGUUUGUAAAAUAAAUACAAAUUCCAACUCUAAUCUCAGAUUUGCCAUUACUAACUAUAAAAAAGGCUUAUCAUUCGGGCCAUAUCUAUAAACGUAUCAGAUCCGCUAUAAUCUAUAUUAUUGAGCAUUAUUUACUUCAAUUUAAAGUAGUCGACUUAAUUUAUGAGCAUUGAUUUCGCUGCGCUUAUAUUUGGCGCAAUUCUCUAUUCGGACAUAGUAAAAAAAAAAAAUUUGAUAAUUUGCGAAUAGAGAGGGUGCGCAUGUGGCCCUAAUCCCGUAUCGAGUUGAUAGCUAUCAUGCGUCUAGUUUCUGCAAUCAUGUACAAAAUAUUUAAGGUGUGGGUGUGCUGAGAGGCGUGCGGCUACCAUAAAGCGGCUAAACUGAUAACUGGAACCCAUUCAAAAGCGAAAGAAUAUAUUGCCAAAAUUGAUAAGCCCUAUCGUGUUAUAAUAAAAUUAUUCAUACUCAUAUUCGCUAAGCAAGAGUUUCGGAUUUCUGCCAUUCGGUUGACCAUUAGUCUCGCCUCUACUCUCCAGAGUGUGCUAUGAUAUCGCCUGCCGCAUAGCAUUCGAUCAAUAUAUUGGAUUAUAAUCUACGGAAAAUUGACAAAUAAAUAAACCUUAAACCACAAAUAGAGACAGUUCAAAACGUAUCUAACUUGUGCUCAUUAGUGACUGUUUCGAAGAAAUUAAAACAAAAUAUCUUUCUGCAUGCAUUUCAAUGAAACGAAAUCUAAUAUUAGCAAUAGGUCGCUACAAUCUAACAAUUUCAACGCAUAACUUAAUAUUUUCUGCUAUUAACAACUAUUGAAAGGGACUUUAAAAUGUGUUUUCUAAUAAAAACAUUUGUAAUAUUAAUUGUUCUUCAAUGGAACAUAAUUGAGUCAAGCUUAAGAGCUUUGGAGUCAGCGCCGCGUCAUUUGGUGGAAACGUCCAGCGUCAACGAAUCCGCAAAAAUAACACCUCUUCAACUAGGCUCACAUUUAGGAAAGAGCCUAAAUACUGCAAAAGAGAGCCUAUCUCAGGACACGAAUGAUGAACAGAGCAGCAAUGAUUCCAUGGAGGGAAAAAAUCUGGAAUCGCUAUUCGUGAAAUACGGCACCGACGAUGGAAAUACUUGUCUUCUGGAUAACGUCAAGCAGGAAAUCUUGUGGUGGACAUUUCCCAAUGGAACUCUUAAGCCACCCAAUAGCAAGCACUUGACAAAUAUGCACUUAGAUCUUUCCUAUGGUAACAUAUCUGAAGACGAGGAUUUAUUAAAUAAAACGAAAUUUGCGCGCCGAUAUAGUUUUAAAAAAGUAGAAGCUUUCUCUGCUGCCUACAACAGACUAAAUAAAGUACCAUUCCAAACUUUGUCAACAAUGACGGGAUCUUUAAAAUAUUUAUCUCUAAAAGGUAACCAGUUUGCAGCCCUCAAUCAUGAUGUAGAAGCCAUUGAGCGGUUUUUACAAGAGACUCGAUUUACCCCCAAUGCCACACAAAACAAAUGCGAUGAGCAUUUUGCAAACAAUCAUACUAAUAACAUAGAUCUAUAUGAUCGGGAAUGUUUGCUAUACUACCAGAACAACAAACACAUUCAUAAUUCAAACACACAAGACUUGAUCUAUGAGGAUUAUAUACGGAAACUUCAAUUAAAGCACAUACUAUUUGGCACUUCAAAGGAGAGCAUUGCUUGGGCAACCUUUCCGCAUCUGCAGCACCUUUUGGAACUUGAAAUCAGUAACUGCAGCAUCGAGUAUUUGAGCAAAGAGGCAUUCAAAAAUGUGACAAACCUUCGGAAACUCUUCAUCUCGAACAACAAGAUAAUGACCAUAAAUUUCGAUACAUUUUACUAUAUACAGGGAGUACAAUAUCUAGAUUUGUCGUUUACAAACGUUUUGAACUAUAAUUACCAGCUAUCGAUGCCCGAGCUUGAGGUUGUCUUAAAUCUGGUGUAUGGUCUAAAGAUCCAUCAGACGGCAUUUAAGCUGCUACCAAAACUCGUCUAUCUGGAUCUCUCACACUCAAAAAUCACACGAAAUAGCGCAGUUGCCUUCACACAUCUUGGGAACAAGCUCAAGUAUCUGAGCUUGUGCUACACAUCGUUUCCCAUGAUGAGCAAUGGCUUUUUUAAGAACACAGCUCUAGAGGGACUUGAUAUGUCUGGCAAUCCUUUUGUCUCGUAUAACAUUGUCGAUGACGCUUUCGACAGUAUUGGCGAUACGCUUAAAUUUCUGUACUUUGAGCACUCUAAUCUCAAGGAUAUCAAGUGGUUAAGACCGCUGAGAAAGUUGCAGUUGUUGGGCUUGGCCGGUAACAAUAUCAAUGCCCUAUCGGUCGAAGCGUUUCAGUCUUUGGUAAGCUUGCAACUUCUGGAUCUGAGCUCCAACCAUAUUGGCAACUGGUAUAGGAGUGUGUUUUUUAACAAUACGGCACUGCGGGUUCUAAAUUUACGCAGCAACAACGUCAACAUGCUGACCACCGAGAUGAUGAAGGAUUUUGAAACGCUCGAAUACCUGAGUCUCGGCGACAAUAACUUCCUUUGUAAUUGUAUUCUGCGUGAGGUGGUCGAAGUAGCUGCAAACAACAAUAAACAAGCCGACUGUUCAUUCAACUUUCUACAACACGCAGCUGCUGAACUGAUUGCCUCAAACAUCAACAGUCUAACUGAGCUGAGCAAAUCCCUUGCCGGGUACAUUGAACACCAGUUGUGGAAGCGACGCUAUUUGCCACAGCUCAUCGACAGCUAUAAGAACAUAAAAGACUUCAAGCGGCUCAAGAAAAUAACCAAUUUGCGUUUCCUUACCAAAGACUUGCGUACCAAACAAUGCCCCGCAUCUAUUCAAAAAACGGUGAACGAAACUUCUUUAAAAUUUCAAUUACUUGAUUACGAUGCAAAGAAUUAUUGGUGCUUUAACGAGACGGAUAAAUUACAGGUGGAUGAGUUAGUCUGCCAGAACCGAAUAUUGGUUGAUUUUGAAGAAAAGCUGCACAACACCUUCAAGAUAGUCACAGCUGUUGUUGGAAGCAUUCUGGGUGUAUUCAUUCUGGGACUUAUCAUAUAUCUAAAGCGUUGGCAUAUACACUAUUAUUAUGCUUCACUGAAAUCGGCGGCUCUCUUGUCUACCGCCUCAAAGGAGUCUCUUGACAAAUUUCAUCGUCUAUCCGAAAACAAUCCCAGCGUGAUAUACGAUAUUUUUAUAAGCUACUGCCAAAAUGAUCGCCAGUGGGUGCUGGACGAGCUGCUACCAAAUGUUGAGAAAUCAGGAGAUAUUUCUAUAUGUCUGCACGAACGUGACUUUCAGAUCGGAGUAACAAUACUGGAUAAUAUUAUUUCAAGCAUGGAUCGAUCGCGCUCACUGAUGUUGCUAAUUUCCUCAAAGUUUCUGCUCAGUCAUUGGUGUCAAUUCGAAAUGUAUCUGGCCCAACAUCGCAUCUUUGAGAUGAGCAAGGAGCAUUUAAUACUCGUAUUCCUGGAGGAAAUACCACGCAGUAAACGCCCAAAAACGCUUCAAUACCUAAUGGGUAUAAAAACCUAUAUUAAAUGGCCGAGUAAAGGUAGCAAACAGCCAACAUUGGAGGAACGUAAAUUGUUCUGGAAGCGCCUAAGAAAGUCAUUAGAGUUAAUUGGCAUAGGCACAAAAGAUUCCAAUGUCUAAAGAUAUUGGACUGCAUAGUUUCACCCUAAAAUGAAUGCAAAUAUUCUAGUCAUUUUUUUAAGUACCUGAUAUACAUAAAGUACAUUUUUAGAAUACGAAAUAGUAUGAAUCACUGAAAAUAUUUUAAGCUCAAUGAAAACCGUUUGUCAUAUUUUAAGAUUUAUAUAGUCUAAGUAUUGGAGUACUGCAGCUGCAGAGACAAAGUGCAAAGUGUUUAGAUAAGGUAAAGAAAUGAAAAAUUGAUUGGUAAUGGCAGCUUAUAAAUCAUGACUGUGUGGUAAAAAAUAUGGAAAGGAAAUAACCAAUAAAAUUUAAAAUUUAAA